UUGCCUAAUUGGCGAAUUUGAUGGAGAGGUCACGAUGGAAACUGCAAAUAUUUGUCGUUUGCGCGUGGAGCUUGUAUACAUAUACUUUUGAGAGAGGAGGUAUCGUUGUCAGGACAACCGAUUGUAAUAACACACCGACAGUAUUUACUUCCAUUUUCCUCUGGUUGUUGUUGUCGGUUGUACACUUUGGAGAAAAAGAGGAAAUCGAGGCACGAUCAUGAAGGAAAACAUGAAGUUUAUCGUUACGGAAGUGAACAAGUUGUUGGGACGUAAUUACAACAUUAUAUAUUUCAAUUCUCUGAGCCCUGAGGAACUCUUGCAAGUAUUGAGAGAGGUGCUGAUCAAGAUAGAGGACCAGAGUGACAACGAUGCAAAGAAUGAGACACCUGAAGAGACUGCCAUCAAUAUUCUCUUCGUUCUUCGGGUACUCAACUAUCAACCACAGAUGGAUCCUGUGAGUUUUAGGCAAGGUCUCAUUCGAGGUGAUCCUGAGACGAUUCACCCUAUCUUGACCUGGCUCCUGUCCCACGUGGAGACUGUUCGAAAGAGAGCCUAUUUAUCUCGCUUCCUGGUGAAGGUGGAGGUUCCCGACGAGUAUUUGAGCGACCCCGAGGUUUCCUCUUUGUACGAGCAGUACAACGCUUUGAUCGAUCGCUUCAAAACUGUUCACAAGGAGAGAGAGAUAGGGAAGAAGAAUUUCGAGAACGCCAGCGAGCUCACCGCUGACCUAAAGACGAUGGAGAGAGAAAAGGAGGCGGUGACCAUACGCAUCGAUAAGAUGAAGGCGAAAGCGGAAGCGGGAAUUCAUUUGUUAGACGCUGCUAGAGCGCUGCGCGUGGAGAGGGACAAGGAACGCGAACUUGCGCUGCAGGAGGAGCAAGAGAGAGAGCUCGUAUCUCGACUACAGAUUUCCCUGGAAAGGCUGGAAAGAGAGCUGGAAAUUUUGAAGAGGGACGAGAACGAAGUGACUCCUCAAACCCUGUUGCGACAACUGUCCGAGGUGGUCACUGUUCAGACCAUAAUUACAAACGAAAAGCAGCCUGCCGAGUUGAACGCCAGGAAGAACCGGAUGAAGGCUCUAACCGCGGUGAAGCAGUACUCCUAUUUAGGUCCUGAGCAGAUAACUAUGUUGAGAAACAAGUUGGACACCAUCGCCAAGGAGAUUCAAGAGCUGGUGGAGCGCAAGAUUUCAACCAGCAAUAUCGACAAAAUGGAAACGUUCAGGCAGCAAGCGGCUGCCGUGGCUAAUAUCAAAAGAAACGUACUGGAACGAUUAGAGAAGACGGAGAACUCUCUGCAAGAAUUACAGGCGAAACUGGAAGAGAAACGCGAACUGUCGAAAAUGGCUGUGGAGGAUGCAGCACCGAAAGGGGACGAGUUGAAGAAGUAUAUUAACCGUUUGAAGACUAGGAGCACGCUUUAUAAACACUGCAAGGGCGAGCUCGCGUGGCUCAACGCUGAAAACAGUGUUCUCUAUCGCACCACAGCCAUCUUGGAGAAUCAGCUUGACCAAUGCAACCAAACGAAAGAAAUAUUCGAGACAGCAAAGAGAAACACUUUGGAUGACCUGACGAAAGAAAACGCGUCCUCAAUGAACCUUCGCUUGUCCCAAGACAUCUCCGCGAUGCGAGCCAAGCUGAUUCCGCUAGUAAAUGAAGUCCACAUGCUGCGAGGAAAAUCACGGGAGUUCGAGCAGGAGCACGCGAGAGCCGAAAAGGCUCACAGCGAUAUUGAAUCGACCAUGAACGCGUCCAUCAAUAAUUUGCAGGCCGAUAUAGAUAGCUUAAAAGCGAAAAUUGAAAAUGAUAUCGAGGAAAAGGAGAAACUGGAGAGGCUCGUAACCAGGAUGAGAACUAUCGAGGAGAAAAUGAAACGUGACGCGGAGGAUCCCACGGUCACGGAGCCUGGUAAAAAAAUCAAGGAGGAAUUGAACGCCGCUAUACGUUCGGAAGAGAUGAAAAUAAAAAAUUUAACGCUGGAAAGAGAAGAAUUGAGGGAGACCAGCGGGACACAGGAGAGACAAGCGCAGAUGUGGAACGACAUUUUGUCGCUCUUCAAGUGCAAAAUAAAACAUUUGGAAGAAAGCAAGCAAUCCAGUGGGAUCGUAGUACGUCGAGGCGACGCGGAAACUUUAGUUUUGCAGUAACAAGUGGGAAUACAAUAACGAUGUAUCUGAAGUAACAAAACUUAUUAUUAUUAUAUACAAAAUACAAUUUAAAUGUACAUAAUUUUUCUCUUCUAAUUCAGGAUUUACAGAAUUUGAAAUGCCAGCCAUAAGCUCACGCAACGCGUGAUGUUUAUUUAUCGUUAUCUUUCGCAUUACAGUGUUCCACGGCGAAUAACAUACAAAAAUAUUACGUUAACAGGUGACUUAAUAGACUUGAUUUGUCUCCCUGGAAGUUUUUUUCUUUUCAAAGGACUAGCGAUUUUCUAUAACUCUAAGAGUUUAGAACUCUAGAACGUUUAGUAUCACAUAAUCGUCGAACGUUUCAUUUUUAAAAUACGUGCACCCUAGAUUUCGGUAUUAUGCUACGCACUUCAACAUGUGAACUAUAUCGUUAUUAUUAAAUAACAUUAAAUAUGUCUGUUUACAAUAUGUGUAACGAUAGAGCUGAAUAAAAUAAGAUUCAACGGAAUAAAGGCGAGUGUGAAUGAAGAAAAGAAAAGAAUCUGUUUCUUCGCGCUUUAUUGUUUUUUCCAACGUUCGUCAUUUUUUAUCCAGCUCUGGUAUUUCGUGCUAACGUAUUAGGUUAUCCAAAAAGUUUCUUUCGCUUUAUUAAUAAGUAAUACAUGCACAAUAGUUUAUGUUUUAUGUUGCAUUACUGAAUUGUGCUCCAUUACUGUUACAACAUGAAUAUAUAUAUAUAUAUAUGAAAUCAGAUUGUCUAUUUAUAUAAACACGACCACAUAAAAUAAUUGAGUGCAACUCGCGAAAGAAACUUCCGGGACAACGUAAUAAUUCA